CAACUGGUUAAAAAUAAAUGAAAUUUGCUAAUCUUUUCCUUUAUGGUACAUGAUGUUUUGGGGUCUCGUUGAAGACAUCCCUGCUAGCUCCAAGGUUAAAGAGAAAGGCAUUUCCUGAACACUGUAGUUCUGCUUUCCCUCCUUAGAUUUCUAACGGUCUGAUGUGACUGCUGGGGAGGUGGGCAGGGAUUUGAGGGCUUGUUUUCUCAGCUGGGCAGCUUAGUGUGGCACCUGUUGCCUGUUCUUUGACCAGUCCAUCCUCCUGCUAUGGAUCCUCAGUGUCCUCCAGACCGCUGGGAUGACCUUACAGAACCCUGUAGGGCCAACAGCUCUCUCUGCAGACCCUGCACCUGCACUGCACUGCUUGACCUGGCAGAGGAACAUGCAGCUAGCACACUUCUCCCUGGUCCUGUGUCCUGCUCUCCUCCCUUCUUGAACCUUCCCCCAUCUCACCCUGAGCCGGUGACUCUACUUCUCAGUUCUGUGAACAAAUGAUGCAACCCGGGCAUAUCCACAACCUGCCAGCCCCACUUCCAACCCUUCCUGUGUUUGUGUCCCCUCCUCAGCCCUGCCUCCUGGUGCAUGGAGGACCUGUCCAUGCCUCUAAGCACAGCACUGCGUCACUGCGUGCUACAUGCUGUCCUCUCUUCCCCUCCAGCCCUGCUCCUCGGCAUGGUGGACUUUGUUUUGCUUUCCUCUGAUGUUCUCAGCACAUGGAAAGGCUUGUCUGGAUCUCCCCUCCACCUUUUGUUCACUCCAUUUGCUACCCUCACUGGCAAAAGUCUUCAAAGACUUUCCCAUGUUUAUACUGCCUGAAUUGUCUCCUUCCCUCUGGCCAAUAUCAGGACUCUCAAUGGCUAACGAAGCUCAUCCCUGCCCGUGUGACAUUGGCCACAGGCUAGAGUAUGGAGGCAUGGGCCAUGAAGUUCAGGUGGAGCACAUCCAGGCUUACGUCACCAGGUCCCCUGUUGAUGCAGGCAAAGCCGUGAUUGUCAUUCAAGAUAUUUUUGGCUGGCAAUUACCCAACACCAGGUAUAUGGCUGACAUGAUUGCAGGAAAUGGAUACACGACAAUUGUUCCAGACUUCUUCGUGGGCCAGCCGCCAUGGAGACCUUCUGAUGACUGGUCCACAUUCCCUGAGUGGCUGAAAACAAAAAAUGCCAGGAAGAUCAACAGGGAGAUAGAUGCUGUCCUGAGGUAUCUGAAACAGCAAUGUAAUGCUCAGAAAAUUGGUGUCGUGGGAUUCUGCUGGGGUGGAAUCGCUGUGCACCAUGUGAUGACAACGUAUCCAGAACUCAAGGCAGGGGUGUCUGUUUAUGGCAUUGUCAAGGAUUCCGAAGACGUUUAUAGUUUAAAGAACCCCACGCUGUUCAUUUUUGCUGAAAACGAUACUGUGAUUCCUCUGGAACAAGUUUCUGUGCUGACCCAGAAGUUGAAAGAACACUGCAAAGUUGAAUAUCAGAUUAAAACAUUUUCUGGGCAAACUCAUGGCUUUGUGCAUCGAAAGAAAGAAGAUUGUUCACCUGCUGACAAGCCUUACAUUGACGAGGCAAGAAGGAAUUUAAUUGAAUGGUUGAACAAGUACAUUUAGCAGCGAUCAAGUACAAAAUAGCUUUAAUCUAAAAUUUUUCUUCAUCAUUUUUUACUUUAUAGGAAAUAAUAUAGGAAUCUGGAAUUCAUUUAAUUUGAAACUCAUUCAUAUUCAGUACAAAAUGUUAAUUCUGAAAAUUUUUAAUAUGCACAUAAAAUAAAAAUGGAACUAGAUCAGCACCUGAGGAAUUUGAAUGAUUAAAUAAUAUGUUAAUUAGGGAAAACCUGGGACUCUUCAGAGUACCAGCUGAAAGCUCAGGUGUGACCUUUCUGGUAUUUAGUUGCAUAUAUCCUUUAAAAUGACUGUUGGCCAUACAAGACAUAAUGUAAACUGGGGAAAAAUUAAAAACUCAUGGAGACAUUUGUCUUUGUCUUAAAGAGACCUGACUUUUUCACAUUUAUAUGCUGUAAUUUGAGUAUUGAAGUGAACAUAAGUUUCAGUUGACCUAAAUCUAUCACCCUGCUAUCCCCUAGGUGGUGGUUUUCCAAACACUGGCAUUUUGGGUCCAGGGUUGGGCCACAUGUGUUCCAUCACAACAUGUUCCAUCAGAGUAGUGCUGGUGAAGGGUAAAGUCCCUGGCCUAUACCUGCAUCUGUUCGGGACUAGUGUGUGGCUUUUUUUUUCCUCCUUCUCAUUUGGUCCUGUGGACUCUCUCAUGAGAGUGGCUUUAAACUCUACCCCUGCUCUGAUGGAGCUUCAGGGAGUUUGGUCAUGAGCGUUCCUAUGCUUUUCAUGGGACACUUUUUUUGGCAGUACUUAGUGCUUGCUGGGUAAGUCCUCUACUGCUUAAGCCAGGCCUUCUGCCCUUUUUGAGACAGGUUCUUACUAUGUCCAGGCUCUCUGAUGUUGUGGGCUCAAGCGAUCCUCCCGUCUCAUGCCAUGGGCACUUCAUGUUGCUGGAUGGCCUAAUGCAUAAGGGUUUGACUCAUGAUGGGGUCCCCUGUCAUGUUUCUGCUGACAGAUGUCUUUGAGGCUCAUCUGACCCAUGUCUAGUUUAUUCCUACCAAGAUGGCCACUCUUCUUUCUCUCAGUAGGGGAGGAAGUUAGGUUAGGGUGCAUCCAUAGGUGACACUGGAAGCAGCUCAAUAGAACACCUAACAGCAGCACGUCAUAUAUAGAUCCAGACUGAGGGUAGCACCCCUCACAGUACCAAGAGGAAAUGGGGAGCUGUCCAGGACGUGUGCGCUCAACCAGGGAGUGGUGGCCAAGAGAUCAGGCCACUGUAUUGGGGUUCAUGGGUUACUCAAGCAGGCUUUUUUUUGGAGGCAGUGGGAGUUGAACUUGUGAGGCAGGUGUUCUACCACUUGAGCCACACAAGGGUACACAAAGGGGGUUGUAAGUGUUGGACCAGCAGGCAAGUUCUGUGGAGUCACAUGUCUCUUAAGAGGCCUAGCUAUCUGGUCCAGCCAAGGUUGGGGUUUGGUGGGGGAAACCAGGUAGGUUUUAUCUAGUUGUCCUAUAGGCAGGUGAUCACUAGGUGGCUGCAUGAGGCAGAGGUCUGGAUCCACUACCUUGAGGAACUAAGAGGAGGCAGAUCGCUAGUCACUUGUCAAAGGUGACUAAUCCUGGCUCUGGUUAAGAGAAUUUAAAACCUACAUUCAGAGCAGAUGCUGAGGCAACAUAAAAUUUAAGAAUCCACUAUACUUGACUUCUUUUUUUUUGUGGUGCUGGGGCUUGAACUCA